CCCGCGGGUCUCGUGACCGAGCGCCCCGCCCGGAGCUUCGCCGUCAUGCAGUCCCCGGCGGUGCUCGUCACGUCCAGGCGAGUUCAGAAUGUCCACACAGGCCUGGACCUGACCGUGCCCCAGCACCAGGAGGUACGGGGCAAGAUGAUGUCCGGGCAUGUGGAGUACCAGAUCCUGGUGGUAACCCGGCUGGCUGCAUUCAAGUCGGCCAAGCACAGGCCUGAGGAUGUCGUCCAGUUCUUGGUCUCCAGAAAGUACAGUGAUAUUGAGGAGUUUUACCAGAAACUCAGCAGUCGUUAUCCAGCGGCCAGCCUUCCCCCCCUCCCCAGGAAGGUGCUCUUUGUUGGGGAGUGUGACAUCCGGGAGAGGAGAGCCAUGUUCGAUGAGAUCCUGCGCUGUGUCUCGAAGGAUGCUGAGUUGGCAGGCAGCCCUGAGCUGCUAGAAUUCUUAGGUACCAGAUCCCCCGGGGCUGCGGAUCUCAGCUGCAGAGAUUUCUCUGUCCUGGACACAGACAGCCAAGGGGGGGACGAUGGGGAUGCUUUCGACUUCUUCCAGCAGCAGGACCGAGUGGAGGGUGAGGGUCUCCCCACGCUGGACCAGAAGGGCCAGGAUGCAGGGAAGUCCUCAGAGGAGGAGGAGGAGGAGGAGGCCCUGGACCCUCUGGGCAUCAUGCGGUCAUGACUCAACCAAAUUGCUUUCCGGAUCCACUGUGGGUCUGGUUUGGGAAAUGAUGCCCUAGGAAGCAGGUUCUGGCAUCAGGCUCGUUCUGUGUGUGAGGAAGCUGACAUUUGGAGUCAAGUAGCUCAUCCAAAUUCAUCCAGCCCCAAAUGGCAGAGUCAGGACUUGGUGUCACCUCCCUGCCCUGUCCCCGGAUUCCAGUCUCCCAGCAGAUUGGGAGGCAGGCAGGGCCCUAGGAUUAUCCCCGCUUCAGAGGUGGGAAAAUUGAGAACAGAGUUGCGCGGGGACUUGGCCAGUGCCUUGUGUGUGGCAGGGCCCUGCCUUGAAGUGAGGGUGUCCCCUUGGCCUCUCCUGGGACACCCAGGUGGGCCUGUUGACUUCUUUGUACGAGGCUGCCUACCCGACCCUCUGGUGAGGAACAUUCUGUUCUCUGCAGGAGACUUAUGCUUGGCGCGCAUAUUUCUCCAUCCUGUGCCCUCAGUUCCUCUGCGGCUGCGGCUGCGGCUGCGGCAUCCUUGCUCUCCCAACCCCCCACCUCCCGAGCGCCCAUCUGGCCCAGAUGCCGGCCUUCCCCAGGCGGCCACGUUUCCAGGCGGCAGGCGCUGGCCCUUCCUGCCGUGGCCGCGCCGGGGCGCUGUUUCUCCACUGUGGGGUUGCUGGGCGGGUGGGGGCCACGGCACAAAGCCUGGCUUUCCUUUGUCUGUAAAACCUGGUUUUGAUUAGGGAAGGACGCACUGCUGCACCCUUAGAAAGUGCCUCACGAUAGACAAAGCCCUCACCGCCUCCAAAUCCCACGCUGCUGCACUCCUCUUUUCGGGAUUUUUGUGUGUCCCUGUCCCGGCCCAGUCCAUGUAACCGCAGACACAGUACACAUGCCUUUUUACACUCUGCUCUUUCACUUAGUGUCCUCACGAUCGGUUUCCAUGUGGAACACAGUUUUCAUGUUUAACUUUCGAUUUCAGAGACUUCACAGUCCUGAGAAAGGUGAAGUUCUCCCAUAAUAGUUUUGCCUUCUGCUGGAAAUACUCUGCGAGGAACAUUUUAAAUUGUAACUCAGAUAAUGUAUGAUUCGUAUAGAAAUAUUGAAAACACCGUUAAAAGCCCUUUCAUCAUGAAAGGUAUGCACUUUUGGGUAUUCAUGUUUUACUACCAAAAUGGAACUGUGUUAUGUGCGCCAUUCCAUAAUUUGCUUUUUUUCAGCUUACCUACUGGGUCUUUCCGGAUCAAUAAAUAGACUUGUACAUUCUUAACUUGGUGCUAGUCCGUCAGGCUGAGGUGCUGUAAAUGGCAUUCCCAGGCCCCUGCUGGGGGACACUGUGGUGUUUUCCAUAGGUUUUUGCUAUUACAGGCAAUGAAAAAACUUGUUCAUGUAUGGAGUGUUUAUUCUAUUGAGCUUUCCCCCCAGUUACCUGACCCAGAGCAAGGUCCUAAAAGCUUCUGCUGGGGGUCUGGGUUAUGCCUCUCCAGUGAAGGGGUCUUUAAGGACUUAAUUCCCCUG